AAAGGGGUCAAUCGCUGGAUUAUCACUGCUCUUGCUAAGGACUUAGACACCACUAUCACGUACACAACAUUUUGUAGUACUCGUUGACUUCUUCUACACCUGACUUUUCUUUUGGAGGGGGGAUUAUUAGGUUGAAGGUAAGAGUGGAAGACCUCAUGUUUGCCUGUUUUGACGUUGCAAAGUUUUGGAAUAAGAAUUAUGGUACAUGACUUUGUAGCCUGCAUGGCCAUGGGAUUCUGACUGUCCCAGGUGCAGAGUGUUGAAUGAGGGGUCUGGCUGGGAAGUGAGUGCAGGGGUGACCGGCGGACUGAAGGACGGGUGGGCUUUGUGCUCGCCUGCUGUGACAGGGUCUGCAGCUCUCGACCAGCAGCCCUCAUGCCACUCAUCAACAACAAAGUGGGUGACGAUGGCACUACCAGUUCACCAAAGACUCUGGAAGAGGGGAAGGUUCUUAUCGACUCACUCAUAAAGGUGGUAGCAUGUUACCGCCACCUGGCCUCGUGUGUGGGUGGGUGCACGGACAGCUUGCACCUGCGUGACGAGCUGCGGCUAACGCGGGAGAAGGCCCAGAAGUUAGCGGUGGCCAGCCGUCACCACCUCACGGCACGACUACGGGAUAAGACACUGCCCCAGGGGGAGAGACAGGAGAUGGAACUGCUUUGGGUGGCCUUCACCUCCAGUCUGGAACUCCUCCACGCAGACAUGUGCAAAGUCUUCAACAUGGGUUCCAACUUCUCCCUGAUCAAUAACAACACCUUAGUGCAGACUGGCAUUCAAGGGGAAACCAGUGAGGUGACAGCGCGGGCCCUCAGCCUGGCAGACCUGACCCGUGCCGAGGACCAGGUUCCCGCCAGCCUGGAGGAUCUGGAGCAGAGCCAGCUGGAGGAGGAGAUCGCCCAUGUGGAUGUCAUGCUGGAGGACAUGGAGGAGAAGGUCAACGUCCUGCGCUGGAUGGUGGAGGCCCGCGGGCCCCAGUACGCCGAACCGGCCAGCACGGACAGCGCCUCGUUGGGCCUCUUGUCCACGGACGAGGAGGCAGGUCCCCAAAGCCAGCAGUGCUGCGAGCGCAGCCAGAUUUUCAUGGUGCUGGUGCUGUGCAGCGUGGCAGUGGUGAUGGCCGUGCUGUCCGUCUGCGUGGUCUAUCUCUCAUGAGGAGGCUUGUCACCAGUGGAUUUCACCCAGGUUUUGUUGAGCCGCUAAAAGCAGUAGGACCUUAUGUUGCCAUAAAUUCCAUCCUCAUGUCAAUUGAUAUCCGAAAAUAGGGUUGUUGGAAGAAACUGGUGUUGUUGAAAGGGCGGGGUACUUUACAUAUUUCUUUAUUUGAAUAAAGAGCCCCAUUUAGAAUGAAUACACUUCAGGUUACACAGUUUGACGCUCCCAUUUCUGUUAGAAAGUCAAUAUCAAACACAUUCAAAAAGAGUUAGAUGCCCUGUGCACUGUAGUUUAGCUAAUGUUAAUGUAUUGUAGUGGAAUGAAAUUGAACCAUUUAUGCUCUUUACUAAUGUAUGCUGACUACUGUAUAUGACAGUAAGGUUAAUUAAUUUUUAUUGAAAUGCAUUGAACAUAAUCUGUUUACACAACUUGACAGUGGUUGAAAAAGUACACCCACCACAUUUAGGUCCAUGUUGUCAUUGACACUGAAGGUGUUUGUGCUGCCAGAUUACAAUGAAGAUCUUUGCACAUGAGUGCAAUGUGUGGGAGCAUAUCAGUUUGCUGACCUGUUGUGAAUAUUACAUUCUAAUGAAGAAUUUCAUGUUAAUAUUCUCAAUAUUGUGGCUUCCAUGUCACUUCAACCAAUAGGUUAGCUUACUGCAUUACUGAUAUUGUAUCCAGGCUUUCGCAAUACAGUAAUUAUUGCAGGAAUAUGUGUAGUACUUGUGGAGUAUUCUGUUCAUAUUCUGUCUUCAGAGUCCUCUGUAACCCAAAUACCAUAAACCUGACCCGGGUCUGGAACGGGUUCUACAAUAAAUCAAAUGGAACAUG